UAAAUUAGAUAAAAUUCCCAUCAUAGGACAGUCAUAUGAUGGAGCAAAUGUCAUGUCAGGUCACAUAGGAGGUGUUCAAGCAAAAUUGAAAAUAGUUCACCCUCCAGCCAAAUGUGCAGUAUAUGUACAUUGUAUGGCGCAUAAGAUUAAUUUAGUAGUUAUUGAUAUGUGCAAGCACUUAAAGGAUGCUAGAAACUUAUUUAACGCUUUGGAGGCACUCUAUGUUCAUUUCUCUCAUCCAACAAGAAACGUGAAGCUUACUGAUUUACAACUUAAAUUGAAUAUGAAAAAGACAACACUUUCUCAGUUAAGUGACACUCGUUGGAUUUGCCGCUUUAAAAGCUGUGACGCAGUGAUAAAAAAUUUUAAUGCCAUAGCUCAAGUUUUAAAUGAUGAAAUUGAUGAUCAACAAAGUAAAUGUGUUGCCCAAGCAAUUGGUAUUGUUUCUACAAUAUCAAAUUUUAAAUUUGUAGCAUAUUUAUUCAUUCUGCAUGAUAUUCUAAAAGUUGUUAAUAUAUUAAGUAUUCAACUUCAGUCAAAAUCAGCAACACUUGGAAAUUCUGCAAAUUUGAUAAAAGGAGUAAUUGAUACAUUAGAAAGUUAUCGUUCUUCUAUUCACUACAGUGAACUGUGGGAAAAAAUGGUUGUAUUUUCAAAAGACAAUGAAAUUGAAAUUAAUGAUCCUUUUCAAGGUACCUAG